UUUGCCUUCUGAGCCCUGCGUACUUGCAUUGACCUAAGUAGAUGUACACCAGCUGGCCAUGUCCAUCACUCGAGCCAAGUCACAGAAUUCCUGAAUAUACUUAGAUCCGGCAGGGCCUGUUGCACAAACAGUCAUUAGUUUGUAGGACUUGAGCAAACCAGGGCUUAAAAUGAAACAAGCUUGGAAUUUUUCCUGAAGAAGUCAGCUUUUUUGUGAAUUAAUCAUGAAAGAUUUACCACACAUUCCACUUCUCUCUAUCUUCAUGGUGGCUGCUUUUGGCUUUGCGGAGAGACUCCCCAAAGCUCCUUUCAUCACUACUCCUCUCGAGACACUUGAUGGAUUAGUGGAAGAUGUUGCCACUUUUAUGUGUGCAGUUGAUUCAUAUCCUCCGCCAGAAAUAACCUGGACACGUAAUAACAUUCCUAUAAGGUUGUUUGACACACGCUACAGCAUUCGAGAAAAUGGACAACUCCUGACCAUUCUCAGUGUGGAGGAAGGAGACGAUGGUGUAUACUGCUGCGUGGCUAAAAAUGGUGUGGGAGACCCCGCCGAAAGCUGUGGGGCUUUACAAGUGAAAAUGAAACCAAAAAUCACCCGUCCACCAACGAAUGCAAAACUUAUUGAAGGUGUAAAAGCUGUCCUUCCAUGCAAUACUUUGGGAAAUCCAAAGCCUUCUGUUUCUUGGAUGAAAGGAGAAAAUGCUAUUAAGGAGAACACUCGCAUCUCCAUUUUGGAAUCAGGAAGCCUGAGAAUACAGAAAGUGCAAAGGGAGGAUGUUGGUCAGUACCGUUGUGUAGCCAAGAACAGCCUUGGUACUGCAAUUUCCAAACCUGCACUGCUAGAAGUAGAAGUGCUUGCCAAGAUCAUAAAGGCACCAGAAUCAAAGAAUGUAACAUUUGGUGCAGAAGUGUCCUUGAAGUGCGCAGCAACUGGUAUUCCAGUUCCUUCCAUCAGGUGGUUUGAAAAUGGAAAAGCCGUUUCACCAGAGUCUGUGGAGGACUAUGUCAAAGAUGGAAUGAUCUUCUCAAAGCUGCAUGUUACAGCCUCCAGACCAGGACUGUUUACCUGCAUGGCGGACAAUAAACACACUGGUAGUUUCGGUCCUGCCAAAGCAGCAGCAGCAAUCAGCAUAUCAGAAUGGAGGCUGUACAAAAAAGAUACUGGCUACUGCAGCACCUACAGAGGGGACAUUUGUAAUGCAAUGCUUGCAAAGGACUCUUUAGUUUUUUUCAAUACAUCUAACAGUGAACCAGAGGAGAGCCAGGAGAUGCUUGCUCAAACUGCCUGGACAGAGCUGAAAACAGUCAGCCCUCUUUGUCGCCCAGCUGCAGAAGUUCUGUUGUGCAACUACUUCUUUCGAGAAUGCAACCCAACAGGAGAUGGUCCUGCACCAAAUCCAAUAUGCAGGGAACACUGCCUUGCUGUUAAAGAUCUAUAUUGCUUCAAAGAAUGGCUCUCCAUGGAGGAGAAUUCACGCAAGGGAAUUUAUAAGCCUGGCUUAAUGUUGCUGACACUUCCAGACUGUGAGAAACUUCCCAGCAUGCAGAAGAAUCCCAGAUCUUGUAUUGGGAUUUCUUAUUUUGAGUUGCAUAAGGAAAGCAUUACUAAAACAUGUUAUAGAGGCACUGGAAGACAUUACCAAGGAAAUGUCAACACUACGGCUUCAGGAACUCAAUGCCAGAAAUGGAGUCAGCAGCUACCUCAUCUGCACAGAAGGAUGCCAGAUGUUUUCCAGGAGCUGGCCAAUUCUGAGAAUUAUUGUAGAAACCCGGGAGGAGAACAUGAUCGUCCUUGGUGUUAUACAGCAGAUCCCAAUGUUCGAUGGGAGUACUGCAACAUUCCAAUGUGUAAAAUGGGUGUACCACAUUUACCAGCAACUAUAAAAACAGCAUUUGAGGCACCAGCUAUACCAUCAUUGUCUUCGUCCUUCUCUUCAGUACACUCUAUGAUAGUUAUCAUAUCCGCCAUCUCCAGCUUUGCUGCCUUGAUAUUGCUGAUAGCUGUUGCACUCGUUUGCUGUCGCAGACAGAAGAAACUAAAGCAUAUAAACAGGGAAUCCACUGUCCCAACUCUAUCAGCCAUUCCUUCAGAGCUCGUCCUGGACAGAUUACAUCCAAACCCAAUGUAUCAGAGAAUGCCUCUACUUCUUAACCAUAAACUCAUCAGCCUUGAAUAUCCUAGGAACAAUAUAGAAUAUGUCAGAGACAUAGGAGCAGGAGCAUUUGGGAGAGUCUUUCAAGCCAGGGCUCCAGGACUGCUUCCAUAUGAACCCUUCACCAUGGUGGCAGUAAAGAUGCUGAAAGAAGAGGCGUCAGCUGACAUGCAGGCAGACUUCCAGAGAGAAGCAGCACUAAUGGCAGAAUUUGAUAACCCAAACAUUGUAAAACUUCUAGGUGUGUGUGCUGUUGGCAAACCAAUGUGCCUUCUUUUUGAAUACAUGGCCCAUGGAGACUUAAAUGAGUACUUGCGUCAUAGGUCCCCUAGAGCUUUAAGCAGCUUAAGUCACACCAGCCUUGUCACAAAAGUUCGACUUUCAGACAUGAAUCCAUCUUCAUUAUCUUGCACAGAUCAACUACACAUUUCCCGUCAGGUAUCUGAAGGAAUGGCCUAUCUAUCAGAACGGAAGUUUGUCCAUCGAGACUUGGCCACUAGGAAUUGCUUGGUUGGUGAAAGCAUGGUGGUUAAAAUUGCAGACUUUGGUCUUUCAAGGAACAUAUAUUCAGCUGAUUAUUAUAAGGCCAAUGAAAAUGAUGCUAUUCCUAUCCGAUGGAUGCCUCCAGAGUCCAUAUUUUACAACCGUUAUACAACUGAAUCAGAUGUCUGGGCAUAUGGUGUUGUCUUAUGGGAAAUAUUUUCAUAUGGUAUGCAACCAUACUAUGGAAUGGCUCAUGAAGAAGUCAUCUACUAUGUAAGAGAUGGAAAUAUUUUGUCAUGCCCUGAAAACUGUCCAUUGGAGCUGUAUAAUCUAAUGCGGCUCUGCUGGAGCAAGAUGCCUACCGAUCGCCCAAGUUUUGCUUCUAUCCAUCGUAUCUUAGAGCGCAUGUAUAACAGGACAGUUUCUGCUGAUGUGUGAAAGACACAUGUAAAAUACCAACUAAAUUUACUCUUGCAUAGUAUAUCUUGGUCUCCUAUAACCUGCUGUGAUAUGUGUAAUUAAACUGGUAUUCAGCACAUACAUUAGUAGGCAUUGGAAAGAAGUCACCAGAAGGGAAGAAAAUGCUCAUGUACUAUUAACAUAACUGAAUAAGAAAUAAAAACACUCAGUUAGAUGAAUGUAUAUUAUUGGAAAAAAACUGGUGAAAAUAGCUAAUUCAAUUUUCAAUUCACAGUGUAAAUGAUCAACAUAUGUGAACGAACACCGUGGACAUUUCAAGUUAACACACAUUUAGAAUACAAACAUGCUCAGUUAUAGUGCAUUUUCACAUUGACAUAAAAACUAUUUCAUAUACCUUUUUAAUAACCCAAUUCAUUCCUGUUAUUUUAUAGACAGCGCUGUGUUUUCCUGAAUAUAACUAAGUGCAGGGUACAAGUACUUAUUUGCAUAACUAUAUGUAUGUUUCAAUCAUCAAAAUACUAGAAUUUACAAGUUGAAAGAAUAUUUGUUACAUCCAAAUUGAAGGUUUAAGGUCAGAAAAUCAUUGGGAUCCACUCGCCACCUCUCGGAUGUCUGUAUGGUGUAAUUUGAGCACUUGGUAUCUCAACCUUUCUACAAUCUGCCAGCUGAAGGUCUGAAAAGUUCUCCAAAUUUUUUGGGUCCAGCAUAGCAGGAAGCAUUUAUGAGAUGAAUGAAAGAGAAGGGUCAAUUCUAAGAAUUGUCACCAAGAACAUAUUUGCAUCUCAACUGGUACUGCUGAAAACACAGGUGGCGUAUCAAGAAGAUGGCAUAUUCUUUGACUGCAUAAGGGUUUAUUAAAGAAAAAAUAAUAUGUAAAAACAAUACAAAAAGCAGUCAAAUCUUUUUUUUUUUUUUAAAUCUGUGAUUUUGAAAACAAAAUCACUGCUAUGAAUGUGGACGAAAUUAGAAUGUAAUUUUGGUCUAGAGUACACAGAUACUGGUGGCAGGAAUGGAGGUGGCCAGGGCCCUGUAAACAUAUUAUUUCUUGAUCAUUUCCUACACUGUCUCUCUCUUUCUUGGAACUUUUGAUUAACAUUUAAUUUAAAUUCUUAUCAUUGGAGUACCAAAUAAUGUAAACUCCAAAGUAAGGGCUCUGGAUUUAUAGGUACAACAUUUCCAGAAACAAUAAGCAGAAAAAAAGUCCUAUGCAGAUAUAAAUCCUGACGGUAUGUCAUUUAGUUUGCAAAAGAACUGUAAAUCACAUUUAUCAUGUUGUA